AAAUGCAGGCAAUCGAGAAUGUGUAGUUGUUGCUUUAAUACCAUUACAACUGAACGGCGGAUUUUGUCCACGUAAAUGUAAAAGUGUGGUUUUUAAAACUUGAGAAUUCUCGUCGUGUUUUCAGAGGGACACAUUAGCGGCGCUGAGGUGGGGGGAGCUAUUUGCAGCAUCACUUGAUCCCAGCAUCAGUAGCCUUCGUGUAUCAAGUUAGUAGGUUAUUCAAUUAUGAAAUCCACCUGACAGUCCUUCUGAUGUACGAUUUCCAGUUUCGUUCAGGAUUUUAAGGCCUCUCGAUCAUAUCCGAAGUAGGAAGCGUUGCGCCCACAUGGGCAGUGUUCUGGCUUUGUCUUCCAGUCCAGGCCAUCAGAACUGGCCUUUCUCCACGGACCCCCCUCCAUCUCGCUGGGACGCACAUCCUGCUCACUGGGACAGUCCACCACGCUGGGAGAGGAGAGAUGGCCGCCUACCCAACCCAGGCAGCUUUCAUUCUCUCCACAGGAGCUGCAAAGAUGUGUUUCCUCAGCAGAUUGAAGGUGUCAAGAUGAUUGUUAACAAAACUCUGAGUAGCUUCUUCAAGGUCAGUCAUACGCUCCACCUCAGUGCUGUCAGUCCUUCCUACUAUCGAUUCCAUGUGGAGCAUUUGCAGUCUGAUGACUACAGCAAGGACAAGGAUGCCCCAGCAUUAAUCGGUGAGAUGGACUCUUCAGGUAGUCUGAACGCUCACGCUCUGCUGCAUCUCACUGAGCGUGUACGAGCUAGAACGGUGUUCCAGACCCAACAGUCCCAGUUUGUAACGUGGCAAUUUGAAACUGAGUACAGAGGGAACGACUUCACUGCUGCUGUGACUGUAGCCAACCCAGACGUCCUUAGAGAGUCAGUUAUCCUUGUAGCACACUUCCUGCAGAGUGUAUCAUCCGGGUUGGUGUUAGGAGGAGAGCUUGUUUACCAUCGGGGCCGAGCAGAGGAAGGAGGAAUUCUUACUUUGGCUGGACAGUACUCAAGACCAAACUGGGUGGCAACGCUGAAUGCUGGGAAAGGAGGCGCUCAUGCUAGCUACUAUCACAGAGCCAACAAACAGAUCCAAGUCGGGGUGGAGUUUGAAGCCAGCACCAGGACACAAGAGACCACAACCUCAUUUGGGUACCAGAUGGAACUCCCUGAGGCCAACAUGGUCUUUCGAGGUAUGAUCAACAGUCGCUGCAUAAUAGGAGGCGUGUUGGAGAAGCGUCUGACCCCGCUCCCUGCCACCCUAAUCAUGGGCGCCUUUGUAAAUCACAGAGGUGACAAGCUGCAAGUGGGCCUAGGUGUCAACGUGGGUUAAUCCUCCACUAACCCCUCCUGGAAUUCUCUGUCAGGACAGUCGCCCAGACACAUGUGUCAGAGGCCUCAUCGUGACUUGAUCUCCUAAGGUUUAUCAGCCUCAGCAAAACACCUUCUGUUUCUUUAAGUCGAUGCAUUUCACCUUGCAACCUACCUCUCAAAACGGAGGUGAUGUUUUCUGAGUGGGUGACAAGGAUUGCACUGCAGGAAUAGAUGAACAUUUUCAGGGGCUCGAAAUAUGUGACUGGAGAUGUCCCUCUAAAACCAGACUGCACGUCACCUUCCGGACAGUGAAGGCCGAAAGGAAAAAGGCAUAAUGCACUGUAAACCUAAAAGUUUUAUACUAUAGGUAGUCAUAAAGAAACAUAAUGUGAAUAGAUUGUAUUUAAAGAUGAUAGUGUUUUUCUUGUUUUACCCCAUUAACUAAAAUUUACUCACUUUAUUCUGGAUAAUUCUGCUUAAUAUUUUCAGAAGGUGGUUAGAAAACAAAUAGAGUUUUUCAGUCAUUAUCCAGGCAUUUGUCUCCAAACUUUGUUUUUUUUGGAGCUUUCCAGUGUUUGAAUCAACAAACAUGGAUGUGAUUUGAAAUGCUUGCUGCUGUCAGCACACAAGAGAAAACAAGCUGAUCUGCGCAUUUCAGUAAAAUGGUGAGAUCAUGUUAAAACCUCAGUAAGUCCCCUGAAACAUGAGCAGGUAAACACUUUUUUAUGUUCGUUUUUGUGCGCAUUAUUGUUACGUAAAAAAGUGUGUGCAUCAGAAAGACACAUAUUGGUUGACUGUAAGAGAAAAGGUGCUGCUCAAGAUCAACUAAGCUAAGGGAUAUGAGUGCAGUCUCCUGAGCAAGGUCUAUACUGUAUGUACAUAAAUGAAAGCAUAAGGGAACACCUUUAUGCAACCUGCACUAUUCUCACUGCGUCUGGACAUUCCAGUGCUGUUUAACAUAUGAGAUGUUGCAUAUGUAUCAUUUCUACAUCAUGUCAUAUAAGCAUGGAGAGAAGGGAAAGGGGUGCGCUGUCUUUUUAAAAUUAAUUUAUUAAAGAUGUCAUUUCUA